CCAAAAUAUAUUAAUCUUAUGUAGAAACCUAAAAGACCUCUCGAAGUCUUAAUUAUUUUUACAAUUUAAUAACUGAAAAUAAUAAAUACUACACAAAAUGUCCUUACUACCUCCACCAAUAAAACGUGAACCAUCAAAUGCAUCAACAUUUUUUGAAAAUCAAGAACUAGAUGAAAUGGCAAAGCAUUUUGUUGGAAACUUUCAAAGAUUUCGAGAAAAUAUAAUAAUACCAAGAAAUUUAGGACCAGUACAAAUCAAAAGCGACCAGGAAAAACUAGUGGAAUCCACUCUUGAAAGUUGUGGCUUCAAAUCAGUAAUGGCAUGUGUUAUGGGAUACGGAUUAGGUGCUGCUAUUGGACUAUUCAGUGCAUCAGUCAAUCCAAAUAUAGCAGACCCAUUGGCGAAUGAAAAACAACAGACUGCUAGGCAAAUCUUUAAGGAAAUGCGAACUGCUGUGCAUUCUUCAGGAAAAAACUUUGCAAUGAUUGGAGCUGUUUUCUCAGCGGUAGAGUGCACAAUUGAAUCGAGUCGAGGAAAAAGUGAUUGGAAAAAUGGAACAUAUGCGGGAGGAGUUACGGGUGGCAUAAUUGGACUAAGGGCUGGAGUUAAGGCAGGCAUUCUGGGAGCUCUUGGUUUUGCUGCAUUCUCAACUGCCAUUGAUUAUUAUAUGCACCAAAGAUAAAUUAAUAACAACUAUGUAAAUAGCAAUAAUUAUUUUAAUAAAAAUAAACAAAGAUUCACUGUUAACGUUUAAA